CAGGAAUCCAGCAGUAGUGGUAAACCAAUGUUGUCACCAGCCAAUGCAAGGACAGGUCCAUCAAAUCAACCACGGCCGUCACAAAUUAAUCCCAGUACGGGUGAAAUCAGCACUUCCAGUAGCGAUGCACGAGGUGAUUUGCCUGUUGCAAAAAUUGCUGAGAGAGUGAAACUUAAACCCACAAGGUCAGAAAGUGCAAAGGUCGUCGCUGAAAGACAAGUAGUUGGACAGGAACUCAGUAACGUUGGGGCAACAAAUGCAAAGAUAGCUGAACAUCUGGUACACUCAUUGCAGGACUGUUCCAAUGUCCAGGAAAUAUUCCAGACUCUUUAUUCACAUGGAUCAGCGAUAUCGGAAGGAAAAAUACGGGAAUUUGAAGUGGAAAUGGAAAGACUGAACAGUAAAAUAGAACAUUUAAAAUCCAUGAAUGACUUGUUGCAGUUAACAUUGGAGGAAAGUAAAGCGAACGCUGACAGACUAACAAUGCUUGUAGGCAAAUAUGAAAGUAACAAUACAGCUUUGCAUAUGGCUGUGAAUUACAGUGACCAGUGUUUGGAGACAUAUGAUAGUUUGGUAUUGUUGUUGGAAAGUGAGUUGCAAGUCAUUCUGGGUAAUUGUAGAGCAGCUGGACUGGGAACAACAG